AUGUGCACCGAACCGCCUCGAGACGAACGUCGUCGCGACCCGCCCAGCCGCCGCGCGCCGCCGCACUUCGCGCCCCGCGCUCGUCCGACGACCGCGCACCAUGCUCGCGCGCGGCGCCACCGUUUCGCUCGCCUCGAGGUGCGCGCGCGCGUUCGUCUCGCGCGCCCCGUCGCCGCCGCGCGCGCGCGUUCGGUCGCGCGACGUCCAUAUCCACUCGCGACGCGUCGACGCGCGCGCUCGACCGCAGACUCACCGCGCGCGCGUUUUUCGCCGCGCAGAUCGACGCCGCGCGCGUCGCACGCCCGCGCGACGCGCGUCGGACGCGCGCGCGUCGUCGCCGAGGCGUCGCGGACGAUCGAUUUCAUCAAGUACCAGGGCCUCGGGAACGACUUUAUAUUAAUCGACAACCGCGACAGCGCGACUGUGAAGAUGUCGAGCGAAGCCGCGGCGAAGAUGUGCGAUCGUAACUUUGGAAUCGGUGGUGAUGGGGUGAUAUUCGCCAUGCCGCCGAACGACGCGUCGGAGGAUUACUCGAUGCGGAUGUUUAACAGCGACGGUAGCGAACCGGAGAUGUGCGGAAACGGAAUUCGAUGCCUGGCGCGUUUCGUGAGCGAUUUAGACGCCAUGCCGCCGAAAAAGUACAAGGUUGGAACGCUGGCGGGGUUGAUUCAACCGGAGAUGCGGGCGGAUGGACAGGUGGCGGUGGAUAUGGGGAUGCCGAUUUUUGAGCCGAGCGAAGUCCCGACGACGCUCGCGGCGACCCAAGACGGUAAGGUUGUGCGCGCGGAGAUGGACGUGGACGGUGAGAAGUGGUUAGUGAACGCGGUGUCUAUGGGUAACCCGCACUGCAUCACGUUCGGUCGCGCCGGUGGCGAGGCUGACGGUCCGGGUCUUAAGUUGGACGAAUUCCCGUUGAGCGUCGUCGGCCCCAAGUUUGAGUCGCAUCCGUGCUUCCCGGCGCGAACGAACACCGAGUUCACCCAAGUCGUCAACAGAAACUACGUCAAGAUGCACGUGUGGGAACGCGGCGCCGGCGCCACGCUCGCGUGCGGCACCGGUGCCUGCGCGACCGUCGUCGCCGGCGUCCUCGAGGGCCGCGUCGAUCGACGGUGCACCGUCGAGCUCCCGGGAGGCCCGCUCGAGAUCGAAUGGCGCGAGAGCGACGGCAGAAUCAUCAUGACCGGUCCCGCCGAGCCCGUGUUCGCCGGUAAAUAUUUCUUAUGA